AUGCCGCAGAAGGAGCAGGAGGACGAUGACGAGGAUGACGAAGGAGGUGUUGAUCAUGCAUCUACAUCGGCUUUGAUCUCCUCAGCCGCGGAGUACAUGCAUAGGGCGGACUAUGCAUCUGCCCUGCAGAUCUACAGCUAUGCCAGGAAGACCUGCAAGAUUUGGGAAACUCCGAUGCUUGAGCUCAAGGUUCUAAGCAACAGCUCCUUGUGUUUGCAACGACUACGUGGUCGGUUGCCAGAGCUCGUGCAGGCCUGCAAUGACACUCUGCGUCGUAUCAGAGAGAUUCGAGCUGAUGGUUGCGAGGAGGAGCUCCUUUUGUUGCGAAUGGAGGCUGCCAGCCUCUCUCGGCGUGGUAGUGCAUAUGCACAGCAGCGAAAGACGGAGGAAAGCGCCGAGGAUGCUGCGCGUGUGAAAGAGCUCCUGGCUGAGAUAGCUGAGCUGGAAGCCAAGGUGGAAGCCAAGGCCUAA